UCUGUGAUAAAGCUGAAGAAAGGUUUGGUUUGAAAUAUAAGCAGUUCAGAUAGCUUAAUAGAGAGUUGUUAAGUUAUUUAUUUAUUUCUGGUUGUAGCAUUAUAAUGUAGUAAAUAACAUUAAUGAACGUGUUGUGAGUAAAGUGCACCCAUGCAUGAGUAACAGAAAAGGUGCGUCUCGUUUCACUGUUUGGCAGUAACGAAUUGUUACUGUAAGUGAUGGAGGAGAAGAAGCUUCUUGAAACUCCGAGUUAAUUGAACCAAAUGUUUUGCGGAAAUGAUUCAGUGAUUCGAAUCGCCGCACGCUGAUCAAAACAGUGGAAAUGUGACGAGAAAACAAACGUGUAAUGACAACUUUAACAAACCAACUGCAAUGUUUAUUUUUUGAAUUUAUCAAAUAAAAUAUAGCCUACAGAUCGUUCAAUAAUAUUAAUUUAAUUUAAAAUGUUUGAAAAAUGUACUUUAUUUAAUUUGUGCUAGUUAUUUAUGUAUGUAUUUAUUAUUAAUAAUGUUUUAGUCUGGAUUUAAGGCCAUUAACUCUCACUCUGACUGACUCCCUUACUAGUGCCUUGACUACUGAACUAGGGAGCUGAUUGAGAUGCAAACGCAGAAAAACUCCUGGUGAAGCAGCUGAGAUCCACAUACACUAUUAUAAAGAUGGCGUUUAUUAAAGUGGAGAGUGAAGACAUGAAUAUUGAAGAAGUGUUCAGUGUCAAACAAGAAGAUACUGAGGAACAAACAAAGAUGUCGUUUAUUAAAGAGACGAGUGAAGAUGUGAAGAUCGAAGAAACAUUCAGAGUGAAACAAGAAGAUACUGAGGAACAAACAGACCUGAUGGCGCUGAAAGAAGACAGCCAAGAACAAAAUAAAAAAGGUCAAUUUGAGAAUCAUCAGGAGCUCAUAACUGGAGUAAAAUCUUUUAGUAUUGAUAAACAUGGGAAACUUAAAGUUCACAUGACAAUUCACAAUGGAGAAAAACCUUACACAUGCCUACCAUGUGGAAAGAGUUUCAAUCAAAAAGGACACUUUGAAGAACACAUGAGAAUUCACACUGGAGAGAGUCCUUUCACCUGUCAACAUUGUGGAAACAAAUUCACUCAUAAAGGAAGCCUGAACAGGCACAUGAGAAUUCACACUGGAGAAAAGCCUUUCAUCUGCCAACAGUGUGGAAAGAGUUUCAGUCAACAUGGAAACCUUGCAGACCACAUGAAAAUCCACUCUGGAGAGAAGCCUUACACCUGUGAACAGUGUGGAAAAAGUUUCAACCGAAAGGGAAGCCUUAAUUGUCACUUGAGAAGUCAUACUAAAAAGAGCCUUUUCACCUGCCAACAGUGUGGAAUGAGUUUCACUGUAAAAGGAAGCCUUAACGCCCACAUGAAAAUUCACACAGGAGAAAAGCCUAACACGUGCCUUCAAUGUGGAAAGAGUUUUGAUAAACAAGAAAACCUUACAGUCCACAUGAUGAGAGUUCACUCAGGAGAGAAUCUAUACACAUGCCCUCAGUGUGGAAAGAGUAUAAAACAAAAAGGACACUUUGAAGUACACAUGAGAGCUCACUCUGAAGAGAAGCCUUUCACAUGCCCUCAGUGUGAAAGGAGUUUCAAUCAAAAAGGACACUUUGAAGAACACAUAAGAACUCACACUGGAGAGAGGCCUUUCACCUGCCAACACUGUGGGAGGAGUUUCAUCCGAAAAGGAAUCCUUAACAGGCACAUGAGAAUUCACACUGGAGAGAAGCCGUUUAUAUGUGGUCACUGUGGAAAGUGUUUCCAAUAUAAAGUAACCCUAAAGUACCACAUGAGCAUUCACUGAGCAAACGGUUUUAUAUUUUAUCAGUGUGGAAUGAGUUUCACAGACAGGAAACGCAUUAGGAAUCAUUUAAUAACUCACACUGGAGAGAAGCCUUUUAUGUUCCAUCACUGUUGAAAGACAUGCAGAAAUAAAAGAAACCUUGAGGUUCACAUAAGCUUACAUUAUAGAGAGACUGUUUGCCUGCCCUCAAGGCCCUUAUAUAAUCGUGACCUUUUUUUUUCUUGUGUUUAAAAAAUAUCUGAGCAGCAGACUUGGUGAACACCUGUAUAGAUGAAUAUGUAAAUAUGUGAUGUACAUUUUCCUUUCAAUAACAAAAUAAAUGCUGUGAGAAAAAAGCAGUUGAGAAGGCAU